AUGAAGAUUCCCAGAAAGUCUACUGGAGGGCUAUACGUACAAUCACACGGAAUCAUAUUCAUAGCCUGCCCCUUUCACGACACUCGCGAUGGUUCCAUAGAGGUGCUGAGCGCCCUUUUGCUCUCUUCUGUGGACUCCCAUUUCACACAGAAAACUCCCUCUUGCGUUUUGAUCAGCGGAUCAGAGGACGUGUGGGAUUUAGCAGCGUGGACGUGGAGGAUACUCUGUUUUCUAAUCUACGCUGAGAGAAUGGGUGGUGCUCACAAGAUUGGACAUGCAGUGUAUAAGGGUCCAAGUGUGCUGAAGGAGAUUAUGUAUGGAAUAUCUCUUGGACUUAUGGCCGGUGGCCUUUGGAAGAUGCACCAUUGGAACCUCCAGAGGAGAUACCAGGAAUUCUAUGAUCUGCUUGAAAGAGGUGAAAUCAGUGUUGUUGUGGAUGAUGAUGUGUAG